AUGAACUCGGCUUCCGGCCUGGGAAAGCAGCCCCCCUCCAACCCGACUGCUCCACCCCAAGCUCAUUCAUCGGCAACACCCUCAAACGCAACGAGCUCCGAGCCCGGCCGCAGACCUAUCCAAAUCCCACAGCCAGCGGCUGCUCCGAGAAAGGGGCAAGGUCACAAGAAGCAACACCGGAAUUCGCGGAGACCCCUGACGCGUGACGAAAUCCACGAACUCGACGAUGACGACAUGGCCGAGCUACGAGCCGUCCGCAACGCAUCCAGCCGGAGGGGCCAGACCUCGAUAACUCACCUCCUCGACUACACCCUUCCGCCGCGUCCCUACUCAGAAUACCGCUCUCACCACCACUCAUCCUCGAGGUCGUAUCGCCGGAAUCCGACAUGGGGCCCCGGAUCGGGCCAUCACGCCGGGGACAAAGCUCGUUAUGUGCACGCCAACUACAGAUUCGUCGUCUCGCCCAAAGGUGACUAUCGGAAGCAGGCUGCAAACGCCGACGAGCGUCUCGAGUGGGGCGACGUCCUGCAGGUCAUUGCAUCGUCGGAAUCGCAGUCUACUCAAUGCCCGAUAUGCCUGUCGGAGCCGGUGGCACCCCGCAUGGCUAAAUGCGGUCACAUAUUCUGCCUGCCAUGCAUAUUGAGAUUCAUGCACUCGUCAUCAAGCGAUGACGUGCCUGCGCCUGGGACUGGGGCAGACAGACGACCUAAAUGGAAGAAGUGCCCCAUAUGCGAGGAUAGCAUUUUCAUCUACGAGGUCAGACCUGUGCGGUUCUACGCUGGCCAGGAGAGCCCUCUGCCGCGGCCGGGAGAUGAUGUGAUUCUACGGCUCAUGGUGCGGCAGUCGGGCUCAACUCUUGCCCUACCCAAAGGAACGAGCCUGGAUAUCUUAAACGUCGGACAGGAUGUGCCAUGGCACUUUGCUGCUAAUAUUAUGGACUAUGCCCGUAUCAUCAAAGGAACGGGGCAAUACAUGUCGGAGCAGUACGAUGAGGAGGUUGCAGCCUUGCUGCUGCAGGAGAAGGAGGACGAGCUUAUGUUUCACCAAGAUAACGAGUGGACGCAGCGCGCCAUAAAGAGCAUCAAUGCUGCCAAGGAAAAGGUCGCGGAGCUGGGCGGUCCGGAAGCUGCCCUGACUUCGCCAAGCGAUGGUGGGUCUGGUUCACAGAAACGGGAGCCUGACUUUCACUUUUACACUUCGCAGCCACACCUCUACCUUUCACCACUUGAUAUAAGGAUUCUCAAGACCCAAUUCGGCACCUUCUCGUCCUUCCCGUCGACGUUCCUGCCGCGGGUCGAGCACAUCUCGACGGGCCACGCUCUGGACGAAGAGACACGGAACCGGGCCAAGUACCUCGGACACCUGCCACUGGGGUGCAACAUAUCGUUCCUGGAGUGCGAUUGGACCGACAUUGUACCGGCCGAGAUCCUGGAAAGGUACUCGAACGAGAUUGAGCGACGGCGCAAGCGGAACCGCGACAAGGCGGCUCAGGAAGAACGAGAACGACAGCAGGCAGACCGGCUCGAGGCGGCGGCGAUGCGGGGAGCGAGGCGGACUCUGAUGAUGCCGGCGACGGAAGAAGAGGUCAGGAUCCGAUUCGGCGGCGAGCAGGUGGUCAAUCCAGACGACUUCAUACCGCUGGGUGGCUCAACACCACCGAACCCGCGCAAGGGAUUCUCACAACUAGCGGGCGUUUCGACUAGUCCGUCGUCGUCAAGAACGGUGUGGGGCACGCCGGCUCUGCCACCGUCUUCGUCGCUAGAUGAGGCGUCGGCGUCGGCUCCGCAGCGGCCGUUGGACGACGGCUGGCUUAAGGACGACGUCUUCCUGGAAAGCUUGAGCGCUGCCGAUGUGGCGGCACAGAUGGCGGCUUUGGGGGUCGAUGACGGCAGCGCGGGGCCUGCAGCGGGAUCUAGCAGUAACAGUGGUGUUGCUGGUGGUGGUGGUGGCGGCGGAGCCAAGAAGAAGAAGAAGCAGAAGAUCACGCUGAUGAGCACAGGUGGACGUCGGGGUAAUUGA